UGAAUUCAGAUGCCAUCCGAAGUUCAAAAAAACCCGGUGAUAUGUAUGUAGUCCCAGACCUGUGCAACCUUCUACAGUUCAGUUCUUUUUGGCUUCGCCUCUCAAAACCAUUCUGCUCAUUCUUUUCUUCUUUUGGCUAUGUCUUUAUUCUUCUCUUCCUUCGUCACCCAUUGCAGUUUCUUCAACACAUGUUGGAGAAUUGAGACAGGAUCCGCUAGUUGGGGUCUUCAGGGGUUCUUGUCUGAGGAGAAAGAAAGAAUCAUCGAGAUCAUGGAAUUGGUAACCUCGUCAAGGUUCAAUAAAGCUGUUGAACCAAUGGAAACCCCAAUUGGUUCCUUUGUCAAAGAAGACGCGAUGGGAACAGGGGGGCAAUCUCUCGAUGGGUCCAACAGAAGGAAAGCGGAACAAUGUUCUAGUGCCAGUUGCCCUGUCCCGCCCUUCCCAGUUCUGCUUCUUUCCGUGCCCAAGAAACAGAGAUCUAACCCAGGGAAACCCCUGAUAAUCACUACUGGUAGUGGUUUUCUCAAAAAAUUUGGAGCCCCUGUUCUUAAAGAUUUUGAAACGAGAUUCUCUGAUGCUGAGCUUGUAGAACGUAAGAGGAACAAGAGUAAGAAACGCUGCCGUGAGAGUGAAGAAAGUGAAGAGGAAAUGCUGAGUAAACCAAAGAGGCACAAGGACGGAAAGAUUGAGAAUAACAAGGUAAUGGCACAACUUGCUGAAUGGGGUUUGGUGCCUCCACCAAACAUGCCAACUGAAUUCAAGAAUUUGAUUGAAGAGAUGGGUGGUUCUGAAGAGAAGUUGCUGAUACAGAAUUAGGUGAUGGCAGAUUUUCUUACAGAGGAGGAAGAAAGGAAGCUGGAUGAAAAGGGGCUGAAUGUUGAGCUGAAAGAACCAUGUCUGAAGAAAUCAAAAAUCCACCUGACCAAGUGGAAUAUGAAAAAUUCCAGAGUGUUUGUGUUUAAUGAGCAGUGGAAUUCAGUGGUAGAUGGGAAUCAGUGCACACUGAAGAAGAAUGCAGUGGUGCAAAUUUGGUCAUCCGGACAGCCCCCAAAUCAGAGCUCUGUUUUGCCAUGAUCAAGAUUAAGAUGGAGAUGAUUAUUAAGGUCAGAUUAGAUAUGCUUGGAAGUGGGAAAUUUUUUGGUAAUUGCUAAUAUUGUUAGAGGAGUCAAUUAUGGUAACCCUUUAGAUGAUUAAGGUCAGAUUACUUGGGGGGAAACAUUUGUCUCUUUUUUUUUUCUUUUUCUUUUUUUUUUUUGCAAUUCUUUUGGUCUUGAGAUAUGACCUGUAACAUGUUCAGAGUAACCUUUUUGAAGUGGGCAAUGCUUUAGUUUAUUCAGCUUAUAAAGAUGAAUCUCAUCUCUGUUGUUUGGUUACUUUAACCUUUUGUAACCUGGAGGCAUCACAUAUUUUGUGAAUCUUUUGAGGUUAAUAUCAAGAGUUGUACUUACAUUUUUUUAGAAUGAUCAUUAUAGUCCUUGUAGUUUAUUUUUUGUUUACUAUGAUUUUAGUGGAAAGAAGUCAUCUUCUCAGCUUCAUAUCAUAGUUGUCACAAUUCUAUCCCUCAACUUAAACAGUUAACAAAAGUAAUGGUAUAAC